CAUCAUCCAGCACAACCAACAAUCACAACCAACAACAACUCUUCAACUUCACUUUCAAGCCUCUUCAUCUUCAAGCCGGCGUUUCAGCACUUAAUCAAUCAAUUCAUCUUUACUCGACUCAUCUACAUAAGAAGUCGAUUGCCUGCAAUUCAACUCAUCCAAACUACUUACACAUUCAAUCAACCACACAAACAACACCUUCAUCAUGCCCGCUCGAUCUGACUACGGCUCCGUCUCCAUGUCCAUGUCCAUGUCUCCCACUCCUCCCACCAACCUCUCAAGCUACGCUCGCUUCAUGCACGACCACACCAAGCGACAGAUGGAGGCUUCUGGCGCUAGCCCUUCUCCCUCCAACGCUACUGCUCAGCGUGCCCGUUCAUCCAUGACCAACGGCAACACCAGCCCCAACUACUCAUAAGAUCUCUUCACAUGAGACAAACAAACUCAAUAACGUCACCACAUAAUUAGAGAAUUCAUCAUGACUUCUACUAUUUUUUGUCGUUCUGCCUUGGCUGAUGGGGCUUGGAGAUGGCAUGACAUCAAAUGCGACGUCAAUGGUGGCGAAGCUCAUCAACCCAGCCUCCUGUCCUUACACAGCCAAGGUACUCUCAUGAAACAGCAACAUUUACGGAGUAUGGGUGCCUAAAAAAGUUCAUUCUCAUAUGAUCUUACGGCCUGCUUUUUUACCAAGUUCUAUUUUCUUUACAAACACGAUAUGCAAGGCGUUUUUGGUCAUGGGAUUUUUGAAGCUGCGAAAGCAACUUUGUACAACUAGCGAGAGAAAGACAUAGGCACACAAGCAUCAGAGGAGGAAAGACAUAGCUUUAGCUAUAACUGCAAUAACGAUAAAUGAUAACAACUUCAUCUUCAUUAUAAAGAAAA